CUUCGCUGGGCUUGGGGGCUUGAGCAAAGCCAUGGGCUCCUCAGUCCUACAGCUCUAUGCAGUCCUCUGUCUGGGAGCCUCCUUGGGAUCUGGCAACCCCAUCAUGAGCCUGGAGGACUCUCCCCUGGAAGAAGAUCUGCCCCUGCUGGAUGAUGUUUUUUCAGAGCAAGAUGGUGUUGACUUUACUUCUCUGCUACAGAGUGUGAAAAAUGAAUUUCUCAAGACAUUGAACCUGUCUGAUAUCCCCCUGCCUAGUUCAGCCAAGGUUGAUCCACCAGAGUACAUGUUAGAGCUGUACAACAGAUUUGCCACUGAUCGUACCUCAAUGCCAUCUGCAAACAUCAUCAGAAGUUUCAAAAAUGAAGAUCUGCUUUCUCAACCAACUAACUUUAAUGGACUCCAAAAAUAUCAACUCCUCUUCAAUGUGUCCAUCCCUCACCACGAAGAAAUCGUCAUGGCUGAACUGAGGCUCUAUGCCUUGGCCCAGAGGAGCCACCUGCUAUUUGAUGGCAUAGAACGAAAAGUGACCAUUUUCGAAGUGCAAGAAAAUGAAGGAGAGGAAAGAAAAAUGCUGGUUUUGGUGUCAGGAGAGAUCUAUGGAACCAGUAGUGAGUGGGAGGCUUUUGAUGUCACGGAUGCCAUCAGGCGUUGGCGAAGAUCAGGUUCCACUACCCACCGGCUGGAAGUCCACAUAGAGAGCAGAAAUGAGGAGGCUGAGCUUUCAGAGAGGGGUCAGCUGGAGAUAGACAUCAGUGCCCACAACAAUCAUGUCCCUUUACUCAUCGUGUUUUCUGAUGACCAGAGCAGUGACAAAAAGGAGGAGAAAGAGGAGUUGAGUGAAAUGAUAGAUCAUGAGGACCUUCUGGAACUGGACAACCUAGAAACCGAUAAUUACCAUGAUGGUCCUGGGGAAGAAGCUCUAUUGCAGAUGAGAUCCAACAUUAUUUAUGACUCCACUGCUCGAAUCAGGAGAAAUGCCAAGGGGAACUAUUGCAAAAAGACUCCACUCUACAUUGACUUCAAGGAGAUUGGCUGGGAUUCCUGGAUCAUAGCUCCUCCAGGAUAUGAAGCAUAUGAGUGUCGGGGAGUUUGUUCUUACCCUCUGGCAGAGCACCACCCCACAAAGCAUGCCAUCAUCCAAGCACUAGUCCACCUGAAGAACCCCCAGAAAGCUGCCAAGGCUUGCUGUGUGCCCACCAAACUGGAUCCCAUCUCAAUCCUAUACUUAGACAAAGGAGUUGUCACCUACAAGUUUAAAUAUGAAGGCAUGGCUGUGUCAGAAUGUGGCUGUAGAUAGCCAAUGAGAAAGAAAGGAGUGAUGUGCGAUGGUAGCAUAUUCAAGAACUGUAAAUUUUGUAUAUUUCGAGUGCCUAUUUAAUAAGAUUAUUUAAGGAGGGGUGUACAGAAAACAGAAGGGGACUGCCUCAGAAAAAUAGGUACGUUGGUGGGUUGUAGAAAAUGUAUAUUUUGCUAUUCAGCCUGCUUCUUUCUGGGGGAUUUCCUUGUAAUUUGCCAUUUCCAGGCAACGUACCUAUACUUAAAAAUGGCACAUCCAAAUGACAAUUUCUACCCAUCCUUUAUUGCAAUGUCUCACAUAACAUAUGGCUCCCCAAGCAGAAAAAUAAAGCCAAUAUGUACAUAUACAUGCAUAUACAUGUAUGUACGUAAACACUUAUAUGUAUAUGUAGAUGCCACAAUACUUCAUGAUUUCAUCAAUGUGUUCCCUCCAUUGACAAAUGCCUCAAAUGCCUCCACACCUUAGGAGAUGUGUUUAUUAGUCGCUAUGGCCAAGAAAACUCAUUAUUUUGUGGAUAGCCCUCUAGUGUUGAGCCUCCAGUCACUUAGCUAGUCUGGUCCGUGGGCAGCAGUCAGAGUCCAUCACUGGGUUCAUACUCAAAGUCUUUCCAAUUUGGUAGGACUUGCCAGCAUCUGUGUUCUGUAGCCUUCAAAGACCCAAAGUCACUUUCGCACCAGGAGUAGAUAUCAAAAGAUUGUAGCGAUCACUAUAUGUGUAUGCAUAUAGUAUGUAUAUGGAUAUAUACACACGCACUCGUCAAAAUAGUAAAUUCAUAGUAUAUCAGAGAUGAAAAGGAUCUUAGAG